CAAGUACAUGCCUAUGGUAUAGUGUGUCCGCUACAAAUAAUCAUAAGCACGAAGUAUCUUGCACCAGUAAAAGCAUGAGUCCUGGUUGGUGACCUGUAUCUCUCGAGCGGCAAACACAUACUCUUCGUUCUUCGUCAGUGAGAUUGUUCUUAUCGUAAGGUUAUUUUUACAACACUUGUUAUUUGCAACGAAACAAAUUUAUCGAUAUCGCCGUGAAGGUGAGCCCUCAAAUUCGCACUUGUGCAGUGAUAGUGCAGAUGGCGAGUAGUAGUGCCACAGAAUUCUGCGUCACAAUCCGGCAGCGCGGGGGCCGGAGAAAUGACGACGUCAUAGUUUUUCGCUGCGUCGGAUCAGACCACCAGCGGGAGCUUGUCAAGGAGCCGCCAAGCUCGGCGUUCACCAUGCGCGAAGCGGAGACAUUGUGCAAGUCCCUUAUCAAGGACGCCGGUGACUGUGUGCGCGACUGCGAGAGGUACCUUAAUGCUCGCAGCGACGAGCUUGUGCCAUUGGAGUUCCUGUCCGUCGCCGACCUCGAGAAGCGGCUCCGCGCGCUCGACGACCUAUCCUGAGUAAAAACGUCCCCACACCAGAGUUGUAAUGCAGAUUUGCAAAGACAGGAAGACUUGUAAUGCGCAUCCCCAUGAGAGCCAUUUCGAUUUCCAAUCGUGUUCUGGAAUUUGUGAUGCUGUGAACAGGAUGAGCAGAUGAAUCUGUGAUGCGGCUGCACUUGCUAACCUGCACUACACUGCAGAGCGCAACUUGUCAUGCGUGACUCACAAAGCUCGAGCUCCUGGGUUUGUGUUGCAAAAUCCCCAUCCUGACUCUGGUGUGGGUACGUUUUUACUCAGGAUACGAGCUCCGCGGUACGGUGUUGGAGAACGGUAGAAAGGCCGAGAACUUCGUGAAAUUCUAUGGCGUUCUCAAAUGUUACAUUCUCAACUGUUGCAUGAUUUGCCAUGCAAAAUUCCAAUCAGAGUCGACACAAUCAAGCUGCUUCGCAUGACAAAUCGCCGAAGGGCCAAAUAGGCUGAAAAUCUGUACCAAAUCUGUCAUGCAAAAGGCGCAAGCUUCCCCCUUGUAGUUUUGCCAUUCUUGCAUCACAAAUUCAUGUAACAGUUGAGAGUGUAACGUUUGCGAACGCCAUGAAUUCCUUCGCUUUAUCGUGGACGACAAGGACGCCGACGUGUGGGCGGGCAUGAAGCCGUGGCUGAAUGACGAGGCAAAGUCUGGCCUGGACACGAUAAAAACACACUGGACGGGAGUCGUGAGCACGAAGUGCAACGAGUUGCGCGAGCGAUACGACGAUCUUCUUGAAAAAAAGAUCACGCCAUCUUCUCUUUUUGGCCGCGGGCCGAGCACAACCACAAACGGCGGCGGUAAGUAGAGUUUCAAUUCUACCAUGAUGCUAACAUAAGGACAAACGGCAGAGCGUGCAAGCGUUCUUUCUGUACGAAGAGUAUUUUCAUCACAUUCAUACUCAUGGCUGUGACUUUUGCGUAUAAGAGUGAGACUGCUGACGCUACAUAAAUCGUGGGGCUUGAUGCAGCCUCACCGAAUCUCAUACAUAGAUACUUUGCUGGAGUGAAAACACAUAACUCAAUAAACGCAGAUCUUCAACGUCAUCAAGAGCGGCCCACAACCAAGGGCGAGCACACGAUGGAUGCGACAGGGCAAGGGGGAAGCGGUUCGGGGGUGGUCCUGGCCUGGGGCGCCACGCGCGACGGGCGACAAGAGAAAGGAAAACCGGUUUCCAGUGUCGGCCCUGCGCAUCGGGCGGACCCGUCGGGAACGCAGUACGGCGUGCAAGGCAAAGGUGGCGGGCUUCCCAUCGGCGCGUCAGUUUCUUGCGGAGCACUCGGAGCGCCACAGUCCUCGCAGGCAGCUGGAUCGGGCGUAAAGCCAACCGGAUCCACGAACCGCCAGAAUAGACCUAUUCGUAUUCAUUCUUGUUUCCUAAACAGAAAAGUACUUAACUGAAACUGGUUGCUGCUCACGGCGCUGGUGUCGUGAUUUUUGCUAUUGCAUCUUGUCAUUGAAGGGCGUUUACUACAUUUUUGCUUUUUAGUACGAGUACGUGAAUAAAAUUUUGACUGAACGACCUGCCGACAGCUGGUGACUGGCAGUGCCCGAGAUGUGGCGAGAACGUGUUUGCCAGCAACGUGUCUUGUUUUCGGCGCGAGUGCGGCUGUUCGGAGCGCGAUCUGACCAAUGCUGCUGUUCGCCCCCUCCAGGUUCGCGAUGGAGUUGUAAGAUCUUUGACACAGGAGGAGGCUAGCCGGGCGGUGAAGUUGUGGUUUGCGCUGAAAAAUGACAUACAGGAAAGGAAUAUCCACGCUUAUCUGAGGAAGUUCCUUCGUAAGCUGUCUACCUCGGCAAUGAGUUUUCCUCUCGGCAUCGUAGAUUACGGGCUGAACAGGAAUGAUAGCCAAGAGCCGGUCCAACUGCCUCGUACUGCUGGUGCGGUCGGUGUCUUGCUUUUCGAGUCACGCGAGGCGGCCCAGGAGCUUGCGCGGCAAAAAGUCGUGCAGAUUGCGUGUCCGGACGGUUGGGGGCAGCACGGACCACUGUUCGCCGAAAUUUUCGAGUGCGGGGGCGGGGCAGUGACAGCCGGAUCAAAGAUGGAAGGCGACGAUGCGGUUGGUGGUAAAAAUAAAAUAGAUGUGGAUUUUUUGUAUUGCGAGGACGUUAUUUCUACGCUGACUUCGAAUCGUUGAAACUACCAAAGAUUUCUGUCUGAUGCAGUGUUGAUACAACCCACGGUCACGGCUCUUUUUGUUUUCCCUCCGAACUCCUGUCCAAGAAGCUCGAGUCGCAUAGAAUGUGCUUUUCUUGUUGUAAGGUGAUACGAGUAGAAAUUACGUGGGCGACGUCGAUGAUCAGAGUAGACGUGACGCGGACAUGGAGUGGCCGGGCGAUCGCGACACCAAGCAACGUGUGGAGAAGCGCCCGAGUGCAGGAGCCGAGGCCGAAAAGCAGACCGAGGUCGACAUCGACGAGGCAUUCACCCGGCCAGAUUCCAAACCCCCCAAGCGGCAGAAGCUCGACGAGGGCGGAAGCCCCACAUCAACAAAUAAAGACGGCACGAUAAAUCAGAAAAUGCAAUCUGCAGUUGCAGAUGCAGCAACGGGAAGUAGUAGCAAAGCCCAUGCUGUUUCACACGGCCCGGUCGCCAAAUUAGAGGAAGCACCAGGUGGUGGUCCGCUACGAGCAGUUCCCGUGCGCGGAGUAGGGAAGCUUCAGGCUGCGUCAGGCGUGAACGAAGAGGAUCGCAACAAAGCUGCACCACCCAAGGUAGACACACAGAAGAACGAACCUGGCAGCAGCAAAGCAUCCUUAGGGCUGGCGAAACUUGGUAAAGAAUACAGAUGAAAUGCACUUCAUUUUUCGUUAGAGACGUAAAGGGGAAAGGAGCCCGCUGUUGCACGGCUUCGACGAGCUCCUCCGCGUAUCGGUCGGAAAAACGAUAUAGUUUAUUUGACUGGCUUGCACGUAUUUAUUGCCAACUUGUCGACAACGAUACUAUACUAUUUUGCACAGGUACAGCGGAAAAGGAAAUGCGGAAGAAGGUAGAUGAGGUUCUAGCCCGCCAGGGUCGCACGCUCAAGACCUACUGCAAACAACUUGGGAUUAAGGUAAAAGAGAACGAAUGGAAGGAGCAACUGGUGAUCAAGGUGCUGCUGAAAGAGUUCGGAAAUGCGCGAGUGGAAAAGUAUCGCACUGUUGUGCGAUAUUUGUACGCAAAAGCAGCCGCCGCGGCUCUAAACGUCAAUACUGCAUCUCCUUCCAUUGACGGAAAAGGGGAGGACGCCUGGAAGGACGGCCUGAAAGCGUUUGAUCUGAUCUGGAAGGUUGCGGACGAGAUUCGGAACAAGAAACUUCCAGUGACCAGCGGCCCGUCCAGCAGCAGUAGCAGCAGCAGUGCUAAGACGUGAGGAGAUAUUGGCUCUACAACUAUGAUUCAAAGAACUUCCAUCUCAUGGCUUUUGCCGUUCCGAAUCGCUUUGCUCAUCACAUCGUGGAUCCGUUAAAGGUGGACGUAGCGUACCUAGCAGAUAGACUGAAAAAUAGCUGCGGCUGCACUGAAGACUCUUCAAGUAGAGAGUCGUGAUUUCUUCCUAUUCCACUACCCUUUUACCGCCUGACGGGUUCUGGCUUGAUCCAUGACAAGCGGACGAUCUC